CCCUCGACAACUUCUCAAUCACCACCACCACCAACCCGUUUUUCUCUCUCUCUCUCCCUCCCUCCAUCCAACACCUAUCCCUUCAGGUCUCAUUGCUUCUUUUGCCGAUACUUGUUGGUACAAGGAUCGUCAGCCCUCGCCUGAGUAUGAUCCUGAUGUGACUCCAAUUUCAACUCACUUUGGUUCGAAACAAUUUGGUUGAAGUGAAGUUGCAUCAAAAUUGACUCGACAAGUGAACCAGUUUGAAGCAUAUGCAAUUUGAGGUACUACAAAUCAGUGCAAUUUGAGAUCAUUACAACAAAGGUGUACGACUGGGUUGUUCAUUGCCACAACGAAUUUUUCAUAAAAUUUCUACUGAAACUCUCUGCUACAAAUUUUUGUUGAAAAUUUCCAUUGACAAUUUUUAUACUGAAUUCUACAUUGAAUUAAUUGGAAUUUGACAUACGUGGUUGUGUUAAUCUGCAAAAAAAUGGUAGUGCAAUGGUACUGGUAUUUGGUGUUAGCCACAGAGAGGAGGAAGGGGGCAGUGUUCUACAAAAAAAAUGGCGUUGCAGUGGUGGUGGUAAGGCAGUGUUUGCUAUAGAGAGGAGGAAGGGAAGAGAGAUAUAUAGAAUGUCCUUUUUUGUGUUGUGGUUUAUAGUUUUGUACUGUGUUGUGCCAUUGUUCAGAGGGUGGCCUUGGUUUUUAGAGAGAAGGUGAUAGGGAUACUAAGAACCGGUGGGGUUUGCUUGGGAAGAAGAAGAGAAAGGGUAGUAAGUUCAUUUUAAUUUUCUGUUGACAGAGUUAACAUUUCGAUUUAGUCCACAAAGUAUGUGACGGUUAUGUGGAUAUUUUUAAUGGCAAGGGGGUUAUGUGCUUUUGGAGUAUACCAUGAGGGGGUAAAGUGAAGUUUGCCCUAUUAUUUUUAACGCAGCUGGACAAACACAAGUUCAGAUAUGCACAAAAAUAAAUUUAUCGGAGGAUUAGUUGUGGGUGCAUAUUUUUGAGUCAUUUCGUUCUGUUUAUGGCCUAUUUGUUACUGCUUCUUGUCAGUAACAGCUAUAAGUACAUAACUGCUACAUUGUACCUGAUAGUUGAUACUUCACAGGUAAUGCAACCUCAAGGACAUGGGGCAUUCCAUCCGUAUUUGGAAGCCGGGGAUCAUCAGGACAGAGCUCGUCAAAUAAAUCUCCUGCUGAUGUCGUGGAUGAUAUUGAGCAGAAACCGUCUGUUAUCCAACUAAGAGAGCCGCCAUCCAUCUUAAGGCCACUAGAAACACAAACAGAGAACGAAGCGGCGGAAAUAAUGGUAACCAAACUACUCUUGGCAUCUUAUUAUGACAUCGUCAGAAAGAAUAUCCAAGACUUGGUUCCAAAAGCUGUAAUGCACUUCCUGGUCAAUCAUACAAAGAGGGAUCUCCUUGGCACCUUUAUACAGAAACUGUACAGAGAGAAUUCUUUUGAAGACAUGUUGGAGGAGCAGGAUGAAGUUGUCAUGAAAAGAAAAAGGACCAGAGAAAUGUUCCAUGCUCUCCAACAAGCUGUUGAGGUUAGCAAAUUUUGAUGGAUGUGAGGUGCAUGCAUCAUUAAAAUUGCUAUGCAUGAGGAACUGCUAGGAGAGAAGGGAUUAUGUUGGUUGCCUGCCAGAUGCCUGUUUGCGUCUUUUAUCCUCUUUAUUAUGUGUCUAUGAAACUCAUAUCCAG